AUGGGCGCCAACGCGUCGAAGCAAGAGGCCAAUGGCCAGUACAAGUGGAAGGCCUCCGGGCCCCCUAGCGUCUCUGUCGAAGUUCUCGACUCAUUCAAGUCCAGCCCAGAGACCGACGCCUCCCGUGCCAGGUUGAUCGAACAGCAUAUCCAGGCGCGCGUGGCCGAAGAGCUCAAGAAGCUGCAGGACAAGGAAUCCGAGGCUCUGGGUGCUGCCCACGACAAGAUUGCGUCGUCGGGAGGCAGCGACGACAACGAGCCAAGCAGCUUCUCGCUCGGCAAGGAGGUCGACGAGCUGCGGCGCAAGCUGGAGGGGAGAAGAAACGUCCGCCAACUACCAGAGGGCGUCGAGAGGGCUCGCGGCGCAGUGGUUCGGUGCCUGAGGGAGCACGACCGUCGGCCCCUGGAUUGCUGGCAGGAGGUGGAGGACUUCAAGGCCGAGGUGAGGAAGCUGGAGAGGACUUGGGUCGACAGGGUCACGUCAUGA